ACAUGCGUUUUGCCAUCUUUAUCUUCAUCUCGACCUCUCUUGCACUUCUUAUCCCGAGAUGCGACAAUGGGUAUGGAGAAUUUGACAAUUUGAUAGUGGACACCUCUUCUGAUGCGCUCUUAGUNGAUCAUGCCUCGUCGUCUAUCGAUGCUCGCGACCCUGCUAAAGUCAAACAUAACGUCAAGUCUCCUUACACUCAACUAUGGCAUGAUUCUUCCAUCGAAACUCCUACCGGAACUUCUGCGGAGAUUCCUACCGAAACUCCUACCGAAACUCCUACGACUACGCCUUUGGCGACCCGUGCUGUGACAACCCCAGACACCAAGCUCUCGACCAGCAGCUGUACUCCUCACUCUAUCUGCGUGGAUGCAAUCAACUCUUGUGGCAAGCGUUAUGGAGGCCCAUACCCUAUUCCUGCUUGCCCGACCAUGACGACAGUCAAGCGAGCAGUUGCUGCACCUCCGGCCAUCACACCAGCU